AUGGCAGAUGGAUGUCAUGAGUUUGGGUAUACAGCACUUCUACUGAAGUCAGCUAAACCAGAUGAUGAAUAUCAUGAUACAAUUGCCAGCAAAUGUCAUUUAAAGGUUUUCUCCAUUCCAGUACUUGAUUUUUCUUUUAAGAACUUGGAACUUUUUAAAGACUGUCUUCUUGAAAUCGACCAAUAUAGCGGCCUCAUUUUCACAAGUCCCAGGUCUGUGGAGGCAUUCUCGAGGUCCCUUUUUGGCAUAGAUUUAAAAUCUAAUACGCCAGUAAAGACUUCCCUCCAGAGAUUGAAAGUAUUUGUUGUAGGUAAAGCUACAGAAAAGGCAGCUGUGAAAGCUUUCGGAGAUGCAGACAUCUUGCAGAAAAUUUGUAAAGGAGGCAACGAAGGAUCGGCCGAAAAUCUUGCAAAAUUUAUUUUGAGCCUUGAAGAGAUUCGCAACGAUUCAAGGGCUUUGCUAUUUAUAUGUGGAAAUAUCGCAAAAAACACAUUACCCAGUAUGUUAGAAAAUGCAAAUGUAAGAUUAAAGUCUUUGUGCGUGUAUGACACCCACCCUCAUCCUAAGUUUUGCGAGAACUUUGAGAACUUUUUGAUCACGCAUGGAGACCCAACAGUUAUUGUAUUUUUUAGCCCAUCUGGUGCAGAGUUCUAUUUAGAAGAUAUAAGAGGCAUGGUGGAAAAUUUUCAACAAAUGAAGAUAAUUGUUAUAGGACAAACAACAGCAAACUUUUUCCAUCAAAAAAAGUAUCAUGUCCAUGGAAUAUCUGAAAAGCCAAAUGCAGAGAGCUUGAGCCAGAGUAUAAAAGAUGUUAUUGAUCAGUUGCAAAGUUGA